GAUGGUAUUGAAAUAAAUAAUAACAUUAAAGCAACAAUUUUGGAUUAUAAAUUUUGGAUGGAUCUAAAAAAAUUACACGAUUUUCUAAAACCAUUUAUUAUUUUUAUAUAUAAAUUAGAAAAUGACAAACUGUAUCUUUCUUCAGCUUAUAAAACUUUACAAAACUUAAAAAAUACAGUUACAAAUAAUUUAGAAAUUUCUGAAGAACUGCGUGAUGAUACUUUACAAGUGGCCUAA